GGAGCAGGGAAAUAUAAUUCUGGCUCAUCAUCUACAAUGUCUUACCAGUCGGGCAUCACCAUGGAAUAUACCCAAGAUCUGCACCUCAAAAUGAGCAAGAAAAUAGCACAGCUGACAAAGGUAAUCUACGCCCUCAACACCAAGAACGACGAGCACGAGGCGGCCAUCCAGAUACUGAAGGAGGCGCACGAGGAGGAGGUGCAGCAGAUCCUGUCGGAGACGCGGGAGAAGAUCAUGCAGUACAAGGGCAAGAUCAGUGACGAGAUGGACCUGAAGCAGCGCAUCCAGUCAAUGGAGGAGUCCAUGGAGCUGCAUGAGCGCAUGAAGCGCCAGGCCCUCGCCGAGUUCGAGACCUACCGGCAGCGCGUGGAGGACAUGCAGCUGUGCACCGAGGCUCAGCACACACAGCGUGUUGUCACCAUGUCCCGCGAGGUGGAGGAGAUGCGGCGCUCGUUCGAGGAGAAACUGCGCUUCUUCGGCACGGCGCAGGCCCAGUUUGAGCAGGAGAAGAAGCUGGCGGUGGAGGAGCUGAAGGCCAACCAUCGGCAGGAGGUGUCGGAGCUGCUCCGCAGCCACCAGAGCCAGAACCAGAACCACAGCAAGGACCAGGAGAAACUGGGCCAGCUGCACAAGGCUGAGGUGGAGUCCCUGUCGGAGCGCGUGGAGGAGGUGAAGGGGGACAAGAAGAGGCUGGUGGAGGAGUAUGAGGCCAAGCUCAACAAGGCCCAGGCCUUCUACGAGCGCGAACUGGAGGCCAUGAAGCGUACGCAGCAGCUCACCGCAGACAACCUGCAGGCCUGGAAGAAGACUGAGGCGGAGCUGCGGAGGGAGUUCCACAUGCAGGAGGCAGCGCUGCAGAAGACCCUGGGGAAGCUGCGCUCCGAGCUGCAGAGGGUGCAGGAGGAGGCCCGGGAUCACAGGGAGAAGUCCCACAAGUUGCAGGCCUCGCUCACUGCAGCCGAGAGCAACAUCAAGGACUUGAGCAAACAGCUGGACGAGGUGACGCAGGAUGCCGAGAUCGUGGAGAUCCGACAGAAGGAAGCCGAGUGCGAGCUGGAGGCCACCAGAGAUCGUGUGCAGCAGCAGGCCACAGAGAUCCUCCUCAAAGCCAGUCACAUUGGCAGCCUGCAGGCCACUCAGAUGACCCACGAGGCAGCCAUCCGGGACCUGGAGUCUGAGAAGUCUCGUCUGAAGGACAAGGUGAUCCGUCUAGAGGAGGAACGCGGGGCCCUCCAGAACAAGACCCACGCACUAGACGACAGGCAGAGGCAACAGAUUCUAUCCCUGGAGAAGACUCUACGGGAGGAGAAGCAGGUGUAUGAGAAAGAGAUGGUGAACAUGCAUGCCAAAUACGAGGACGACGCCGCCCACUUCAAAGAGUCACAGACCCGGGCGCUGGAAGAGCUGUCGAAAAAACACCGGACCACCCUGGAGAACACACAGACUACUGCCGAGAAGGAGAAGAGCCGGCUACUGGCCGAAAUGGAGCAGCAGUUUGAGAGGGAGAGGCUCUCAUUGGAGGAGCAGGAGAACCAUCUCAGACAGCAACUGGACAGCCUGAAGGAGGAGCUCGCCACCAAACUUGAACAAGCCAAUCAGGAGGUGUUGCGCCUGCAGGAGCUGGUGAAGGAGGGUGAGCAGGGUAUGGGUACAGCAGAGGGACACAUCACCAACCUGAAGGAGGCCCAGGACAAACUAGCGGAGGAACUGGACGCUACCAGGGCCAGACUGAGAGAGACCAGCAACCUGCUAACCGCCCUGCAGGGAGAGAUGGAGGCCCAGAAGAAGCAGCACGAGGCUAAAGUCAUUACCACUAAAGAGGACGAGAAACUCAAGAUGGACAAGAUGGCCCUGGAACUGGAGCUCAAGUGGACCGAGACGUUAAGGUGUGAGUGUAAGAAGCUACGUGAGGAGCUACGGGAGGAUCAUGAGGAUGUCAAGAGGGCAGCCCUCACCCAGCUGGCCCAGAACAAGGAGCAGGAGCUGAGCAGUGCCCGCGAGAGCUGGCAGAGGAAGGUGGAGGACCUACUGGAGCAGAUCUCGUUGCUGAAGCAGAGUCUGGAGAUGCAGCUGUCUCAGUCACAGAGCUCCCUGCAGCAGCUGCAGGCCCAGUUCAGUCAGGAGAGGGAGCAUCUGAGCCAGCAGCUCCAGGAGCUGCAGCUGGAGUACCAGCGCAGGGAACACAGCCUGCAGGAGGCCCACUGCUGCGCCAUGCAGGACCUGGAGGAGACCCGUCAGCACGACCUCAAGGAGCUGGAACAGCGUCUGCGGCAGCAGCACCACAUGGAGCUCCAGUCUGUGAGAGAGGCCCACAGACAAAGCAUCGAGACUCUCAAACAGCAGUCGGAGCAGGAGCUGCAGACACUACGCUUCGAGCUGGAGGACGAGGGCAAAGCCAUGCUGGCCUCUCUGCGCUCGGAGCUCAACCACCUCCACGCCUCGGCCAUAGAACAGCUACGGCAGACCCACCAGCAGGAGACAGCUGCAGCCAAACUAGAGCUGGAGAAUGCACUGGAGAACAGCCGGAUGCAGGAGAGGGAGUUGCUGGGCCGUAUCUCAGACCUGCAGGAGGAGGUGGUAAGGAGGAAGAACCACAUUGCUGAGCUGGACCACGAAAUCCACACACUGAAUGAAAACAUCAACACGCUCACCAAGGAGCUGGAGCUUAAGGGCAAGGAGGUGCUGAAGAUCCGCAGUGAGGCCAACCAGCAGAUCAGGGCUCAUGAACAGGACCUGUGUAAGAAACACGAGCGGGAGAUGGCUGAGAUGAACGCCAUGCACAACAGAGAGACUCAGAACAUGCUGUGUGACUUCAACAAGGCCCAGGAGCUCCUCAAAGACAAGAUCUCUGCUCUGCAAUUCCUGCUGGAGGGCACGGAGGAUAAGUUCCGGAACAGGGAGAGCCGGCCUGAGGAUCUGCAGGUGAUCGCUGAGCUAAAGGACAUGGUGACUGAGAGGGAGUCCCUCGUCAAGAAGCUGGUGGACGACAAAAAGUUCUACCAGCUGGAGUUGGUGAACAGAGAGACCAACUUCAACAAAGUGUUCAACACCAGUCCCAACGUGGGAGUAAUAAAUCCCCUCAUCAAGGUGAGCUGA